GAUGCCUGCAACAAGUUCUGGAUAUUUUUCUUCAUGGGACUAUUUUUUAAUCAGUCUUAUAUUCGUGACCUUGGACCAAAGUCGCGCUGAGAAGCAACUCAAGUUUGUUCUUUUAGUAUAUCGCCAUGGUGACAGGAGUCCAAUGCACACAUACAUUAAUGAUCAGCACCAAGAGAGCUCCUGGCCGGAUGGUUUUGGGCAGCUAACCAAGAUUGGAAUACAGCAGCACUAUGAGCUUGGAAAGUAUCUAAGGAAGAGGUAUACUGGAUUUCUGAAUGAGUCAUACAGCAGACAUGAGGUCUAUAUCAGGAGCUCAAACAUUGAUCGAACCAUCAUGAGUGCCCAGGCAAAUCUUGCUGGUCUCUUCCCACCAGCAGGCGAACAGAUCUGGAACCCUAAUCUCCCAUGGCAGCCAAUACCUGUGCACACGGUAUCACCUUCAGAAGACAAGCUGCUUUUAAUGCCAUUAAGAAACUGCCCACGUUAUACAGAACUUAGUAAUGACACGCUCGUUUCCCCGGAAUUCCUUCGUCUUAUUGAACCUUAUGAGGAAUUUUUUAAAAAUGUAUCAAACGCCAGUGGAUUCUCCAUUGAAGAUCUGAAAGCUGGUGGAAUUUGGACAAUAUAUGAUGCACUGUUUUGUGAGACUAUCCAUAAUUAUACUUUGCCAGCAUGGGCAACUGCAGAGACAAUGGCCAAACUCAGGUACCUGUCAGAAAUAUCAUCAGCACGCAUCUUUGGAAUACACAAGCAGCUUGAGAAAUCAAGACUACAGGGAGGUGUCCUUUUGAAUACCAUUAUUAAAAAUAUCACAAGUAUUAUAUCAAAACCUACCAGCAAACGGAAGAUGAUUAUGUAUUCUGCGCAUGAUACAACAAUAGCUGCUUUACAGACUGCACUGAAUGUGUCCAAUGGGAAACUGCCACCAUACGUUUCAUGUCACAUUUUUGAGCUUUACAUUGAUGAAAUUGGACAAUACAGCAUUGAGAUGUACUAUCGAAAUGAUUCAACUGUGAAUCCAUACCCUCUUAUUCUGCCAGGGUGUGAUGCAUCAUGCCCUCUCCAAAAAUUUAUUGACUUGACAUCGCCAGUAAUUACUGAAGACUGGGUGAAAGAAUGUGGAAUUGUGGACAAAUCAUCAAAAACCGCUACUGGACUGAUCGUGGCCGUGAUCCUGCUAUUGAUAUUGGUUAUUAUUUUGCUGUUCCUCGUCUGUUGUUGUAGGAAACGCUAUAGUAGUCAUGCAGUGUAAUGACAGAACACCUUAAAAUUAUCUUAAUUUUAAGAUCACUGAAUAAAAUCCCAUAAGCCUCCUCCAACACUCACACUUCAUCGUACAAUAGGACGAGGAGGCAGAAAAUAAGGCAUGUAAUAAACACACAAAAAUGCCAACUUGGUUGAGGAGGCAAUUUUAUCAUAGCUGCUGGAGCUAAAUGUGUAAAUUUUGUCAGGAGUGAAUCAUGAAAAUUUUUGAAUGAAAUGGAAGUAAA